AGUUAUUGAUUUAUAAGGACUUUGAAUGGGAGGUUCACAAAUAUUUGUCUUUGAGAGGGCUUGAUGAUAUAUGACGCUUUUGGUUGCAAUCUUGGUUUGGAAUUGUACCUCUGAAUCAUGCGCGGUACAUUUCCUGUUUAUCAAAUGAUGAAAUUCUUUGACUACGAGCAAUAGGCACAUAACCGUUCGAUUUGUUUGGUAUGUCGAUCCAGUCUUGGUGGAUAUGGUAGUAUCAUACAUUUUAGUUGAGACAUGGAUGUCGAUCAUUAUGCUGUUCUUGGGUUGCCUUCGGGUGAGGAAGGAUCCAAGCUCUCUGAGAAAGAGAUAUCUAAAGCAUACAGAGCAAAGGCUUUGGAAUUGCACCCUGACAAGAGGCCAGAUGAUCCAAAUGCCCAUGCUAAUUUCCAAAUUCUGAAGUCAUCCUACGAGAUUCUGAAGGAUGAGAAGGCAAGGAAAUUAUUCGAUGAUCUUCUAAGAGUAAAACGUGAGCAGCAUCGCCGACAAUCAGAGCGUGAUUCUAAGCGUCAGAAAAUGAUGACGGACCUUGAAGCAAGAGAGCGAUCUGCAUUUGCUCCCGACCCUGCUGCAAAAGAACUAGCAGAGGAAGAAAAAAUUGCCAAAAAGCUAAAGGAAGAGAUUGCUAGAAUUCGAGCUAUGCACGCGAAGAAAGGAGCACCCACAACAUUUCCACCAAAGAAGGAGACUGGGGGAGUUGGAAAGAAUAGCGAUGGUGAUCCUGGAUCUACAAUGGACAAAGAGAGGAUGCUUAAGGUUUCAUGGGAGAAGAUUGGCGAGGAUUAUACUGCAGAGAAAUUAAGAGAGAUGUUUUCGAAGUUUGGUGAGGUUGAAGAUGUUGUUAUUAGGCAUAAUAAGAAGAAGAAAGGUUCAGCGGUGAUCGUAAUGUCGAGUAAAGAUGCUGCAGUUGCCUCUACUAGAUCUGUGCUUGGUGAUCUAUCUAACCCUUUACUAGUUUUGCCCCUUCAACCAGUUUCUUCAGUAGAGAUGCCCGCUGCUGAGAAAUCACCAGAGCAUAAUCGAUUGAAUAAUUUAGUAGGAGCUGGUUACCAAGCAUUUGAAGAUUCCAUUUUAAAGAAACUCCAAAAGGCUGGUGAGAAGCAAAAACAAUAAGUUGGCACUGCCAAGAUCAAUUGUACCAUAUUGAGUCGAGAUCACCCUUUGUCAUGAAUGUUGAGGUGAAAGAACAUGUUCUUGCUGCCACCUUUUCAGUUUGCAUUAUUGCCAUAUCUCUACUUAAGGAAUUAUUUUUCCUAUCUGUAUACUGUUUUAGCUGCAGACAAUUGAGAGAUACUUUCAAUUAUGGUUAUGUGAGAAUCGUGGUCCAGAUGAAUACGAUACCAAGUAAAAUUUUCUAAUUAAUACCUGACUUUUGUUCAUUAUAGC